UAGGGCUGACUGCCUGUCUGUCUGUCCCUCCCUCACUCCAAUUGGAUAAGGCCACACCGGUCCGGUGGCCAAUCGAUGGCUUUUGUGGCGAGGUAUAAGUAAGACUCUCGAGGUGGCCAGCGGCUCAUUCAGACUUUCUGUGACAUACUGAAGCUACCAAUAUGAGCGGAAGAGGCAAAACCGGAGGCAAGGCCAGGGCGAAGGCAAAGACACGUUCAUCCCGUGCCGGGCUCCAGUUCCCCGUGGGCCGUGUGCACAGGCUGCUGCGUAAAGGCAACUACGCCGAGCGUGUGGGCGCUGGCGCACCAGUGUACCUGGCCGCAGUGCUCGAGUACCUGACUGCUGAGAUCCUGGAGUUGGCCGGAAACGCUGCCCGUGACAACAAGAAGACUCGUAUCAUCCCCCGUCACCUGCAGCUGGCAGUCCGUAACGACGAGGAGCUGAACAAACUGCUUGGCGGCGUGACCAUCGCGCAGGGUGGUGUUCUGCCCAACAUCCAGGCAGUGCUGCUCCCCAAGAAGACUGAGAAGGCCGUCAAAGCCAAGUAAAAUCGCUGGUGCGGCUGCAACUUGACUACUCAACCCCCAAAGGCUCUUUUAAGAGCCAACCACCUAGCUCAACAAAAGCGCAAAGUGUCCUUUCUAUGCCUGGCCAAUUAUUUGGCGUGUUAGAUACACACACAUAUAGACGGCACCGUAUCAAGUGCCCACAUGAGGCCUAAAUGAAGGAUAACAACUAGUAGGCUAGAAUGAGAGCAUUAUUGCGCGUCAAGUGUAACGUUGCUCGCGGCCCUAACAAAAGACCCAAGCGCGCCUCGGCGAGGGUGGGGGUUGCAUUUUGGGGCGGCACGGAGAGGCCGAGCCUCCCGUCCAAUGGGCGGCGGAGGAGGCCUCCGCAACGGGCCAAUCAGGGCGGUGCGGAGAU